UUCAUCAUCUUCGUCAAGCAACCAACAAAGAUCUCCUUCAAACAUUAUACAUUCACAUUAAACAAUUUUACAAAACCGAUCUUAAAACAAUGGAAGCUACACUGAUCUCUUCACCAGCAUCGACUUCAUCACUCCGGUUCAACCCAUUAGUGUUUUCUCCGAAUAAAAUGACGACGUGGAGGACACACAAGAAGAAGAAGAUGAACGUUUCUGCUGCUGCGUCUUCAGGGAAGGACCAUUACUACAGAGGAGGGAGAUUAGUGGACGAGAACAUGAUAGUCCUGAGGAAACGCAUCCACGAGAUGAAGAUGGUUGAGCGAAACUACGAGCCGCCUUCUCACUGGAUGGAUUGGGAGAAGCGUUCCUACAGCAGCUACGACUCUGCGAUCUGCUAUUCUGUUGGUCUUCUCCAGAGCUUUUUCAUGAACUCUCGCCCCACUGUUGCAAUCGCAACGCUGCUUCUCCUUCUUGUCAGCGUUCCCGUUUCUUCCUCUGUUCUUGCGUUUGGCCUUCUUGACCUCCUCCACUAGGCUCUCUCCGCCGCAACGUCGGGCCAUGUGGGCUAAUUUGCUCGGCCCGUUUCAUUGUUUCCUUUCACAUGCCCACAAUUGUUUUCUUUGUAUAUACACAUAGUGAUUCUUUUAUUAUUUUUAUCUGAUUUUUACUUUAGCUUAAAAUGUGUUCAAAAUUUCGUUAUUAAUUUUUUUUUUUUAUGG